GUUUUCAAAUUAUAACCAUUAAAACCGAAAAAUUAAAUUUCCAAUUUUUUUUUUUUUAAAAAAAAAAAAACGACCAAACCAACAAUCCCUCACCUUUAGGUUCAUGACAAAAAUAUGACACGUGUCUAUAUUUGUUGGUGAUUGAUACUCGUACAAAUGUAUUGAUGACUGAUGGCAUUUAAUUUUUUUGUGUUCUUUUUCUCAUUUUCUAGCCAAAAUUUUCCCUGGAAAAACUUUCUUCAUGGCGAAUUGGUCUCAACUUCCAGCUGAUCUGCUUGUGGAAAUCGCCAAACGCUUAGACAGCCCACUUUAUCUGCUUCGUUUCCGAUCCGUUUGUUCUUCAUGGAGAUCAUCUGUCUCUUCCAGGCUUCGAAAUUUACUGGGUCGAUUCCCCCUCCCAAACGACGGCAUGUCCAAUACCAUCCGGGGUUUCAACCUAGCCAAACGCCGGAUUUUUCUCAUUGGCUCGCCUGGAAAUACUAAUCAACCAAGCUCAGGUCACUGGCUUAUCAAAAUGGAAGAAAGCGUACCUGGUACCAUACGUCUAAUCAACCCUCUUUCAAGAUUUGAAAUCAGACCCUUGCCAGAAGAUUUCCCGAAGGUAUUGGACGUUUCCCGAUUUAGGGUUUAUGAAUUGAGUCAAGAAUACGUUCUCCAUUAUAUGCAUUAUCCCACGUUAGCUAAUUUCUCAGGCGAUGUUGGUAAUCUGUAUAUGGAGAAAGUUGUUUUCAAGUUCUUGGACUCUGAAAGUGAUAAGUUUGUGUUGUUGACAAUCCAUGUUUCUGGAAAAUUAGCUACAUUCAAAUCUGGGGAUAAGCGUUGGACUAUUAUCCCUGAUAUGCCUUCUCCCUAUGAUGAUGUGAUAUUGUACAAAGGAAAUUUCUACGCUGUUGAUAGCACUGGGCGUACCGUACUUGUUGGGUGUUCAUUAAAUGUGGUUUUGGUUGCAAAUCCUGUGUUUGGUGGAGACAAGAAGUUUUUGGUUGAGUCACGUGGUGAACUCCUUAUGGUUGAUAUGUAUCUAAGUUUGUCUCCUCCAGAAGAGGAUUUAGUUAGUGAUGAAGAUUUUGAGCAAUUUGACGCAUAUUUAGGUGAGAAAACAGUUAGUUUCAGAGUUCAUCAGCUGGAUAAAAAGGAAAAGAUGUGGAAAGUGGUGAAAAGCUUGGGGGAUCAAGUGUUAUUUUUGGGCGAUGAUUGCACGUUUUCUGCUUCUGCUUCUGAGUUAUCUGGCUGCAACAAUUGUAUAAUUUUUAAUAAUUAUGUCUUUUACAAUGGUGGUCAAGAAGAUGGUGUGUUCGGGGGUCGUGAUAUAAGCGUUUAUGAUGUGGGAAGUGGUAAUAUUGUACCCUUAGCUAACUAUCCAGAGUAUUCAAAGCUGUUUUGGCCACCUCCACAAUGGAUUACCACAAAUGAAGUACCACCUACUGAUUCAGCAUUAGGCGAUGUUCAAGCUCAACUUGAACAGAUAACCUUGUGAUUUCAUGAAUUGGGAAUUGCCCUACAGCUGGUUUUAUCAGUCGAAAUGGUAAGUCAGAUGGCCAUUGAAGUCUUUAUAGAGGGCUUAAUUGCAGUAUAUACACAACUCAAGUGCAGGCAAAACUAAUGCAAUGGUUGGUUGAAUGCUUAACGAAGUGCCGCAAGGAUGAUAUGUGCUUGAUUUUAGAGAAGUUGCUUUAUCAUUUUUGGCUAGGCAUAACCGAGUUGCUAAUGGACACCCAUGACCAAUUUUUUCACAUAAAAGUAUGAUGGAGUAUUGCCAUUUUCAUUUUUUCUUUUCUUUUCUAAAUCUAAGUAUAUUGUAACUAGUAUCUACUAUUUCCUUGGCAGUUCUAUUUUAUCUUUUUUGUAAAUACAUAAUUGUCUAAUCAAAUCAUUCCAAUGAACAUAUUCUGUUGCC